CAUGGUAUAGUGUAUAUAGCUGAGUGGUGAACUGAAAAUCUCACAUUCUGUGUGUUACCCACAGAGGCUCUCCAGAACCCCUCCCUUUUUUUACAACUUUGACCAGGGAAUGGAAGACGUUUCCUCCUUCCAUCAAGACUGUUGCCGCAUGAUUGCAGUUCUAAAAUCGAUGUGUGUCCCUGUUUCUGUGACCGUGUUUUUAAAGCAGAUUCAUAUGUAUUCUUUUUGCCAAGGAGAUAGCAACUGCUCUUUGGACUUUGUCAGCCUGUUAAGUGACUUCUGAAACAAUGUCAGCUGUGUGCUGUAGUCAGGAGAGGGUUAAGAGGGCAGGGCUUUGGCUUGGCUUCUGCUGGUUUUCCUGAGGUGUUCUGGCACAUUCCCCAGACCAUCCCCUGGAGGUAAACAUCAAGGUGCACUAGGUGAGAUCAUUCCUAUGCAGAGUUCAGUCCUGGUUGCUCACAGCUUUGCACAACUUGUAGCUCACCCGACCCCAGUGGAAUAAAUGCUUCACCAGAGUUUCGAGACAUGAUUCAAAGGCUCAAGAAGGCUCUGAGAGAAUUGCCUUUAAUGGGGAACUGUGUGAGUGAAUAUAGUGGUCAAGUGCCUGAUGAACAAACUCUGGAAAAUGGUUCCCCUCGGAUUCCAAGAUCUGCAAUUGAAAAUCAGGAAAGUGGCAGUAAUGCGUCCCUUGUUCCACUGUCCCCUCCCGAAAUACCACAAGGACAAGUGGAAAGGGAGGAAAUGUCAGAUUCUUCUGAUGUGAGUGCCUGCAGCGCUACAUAUAGUAACUUAGGGCAAUCCAGAGCAGCUAUGAUACCUCCAAAGCAACCGCGGCAACCAAAGGGGGCUUUGGACGAUGCCAUUGCUUUUGGGGGAACAUCUGACCCAGACAUGACAGCUACCUUACAUCCCACACCACCUCCAUUGCCAAAGAAAACCAUUAUAAGAGCUCACACAGAACCACUUCCAAAUGAACACCAGAAUCAGGCCCUUGAAAGUGGCCUGUGUGUGAUGGCCAAUCCAACUUAUGACAUUGACACCAACUGGGACGCAAACAGUGCCUGCUCUUCUGUCAGCUCCGAAUUCAAGGCAAUGGACCAUGAGUCUGGAGAUUCCUUGGACAGGCCUCCAGAAAAGGGACUGGCAAUCUCAUCAGCAGCCAAUGGUUUUUCCAAUCUAACUGCUAUCGGUGUGAAAGACAGGUGUUCCAGUAGUAUGGAGUUUCUGUCAGGUAGACCUGCUACCCACAGCAAACAUGGCAAGACUGUCCAGAAACCACAGAGACAAGCACUUUAUAGAGGAAUCGAAAACCGAGGGGAGGUGGUGAGCAGAAUCAGAAGCCUUCACACUGAUUCCCUGAAGAAACUGUCUGCCAAAUGUGAAGACCUUUUCAUGUCUGGGCAGAAAGAUCAGCUUCGAUUUGGGCUAGACAGCUGGUCAGACUUCAGAUUAACCAGUGACAAGCCAUGCUGUGAGGCUGGUGAUGCUGUCUACUACCCAGCUUCUUAUGCAAAAGAUCCACUCAACAACUAUGCAGUCAAGAUUGCAAUUGGAUGCAGACUUUUUAUGGCAAGGACUUACAGAACUAUGAUUUCACCACCUAAGGACCAAAUUGCAUUUGAUAUUAGUCAGGUAUUUAAACAAUUGUGCUUCUCCUGGUCACUUUUAAUUUGAAGAAAAGUUAGCUGC